GGGAGGAGCGUGUUGCACUGGGACGCUGCACGACGCAGCAGUCCCGUCCAAACCUCCGGCUGCCGGACCACUACAGUGCUUCACCUGUCACUUUCCCCCAGCACGUCGUCUGGAUUAAAAGCGCAAAGAAAGAGAGCAAAGUCUAAUUGAAUCCAUCCAACAUGACGGAAGCCACCUGGACCCUGAGCGCCGGUGCGUCAUAGGACAAAGGGGGUCUUCGCUCGGAAUUGCGAUGCAUCUCACAGCGGUGGUCUUCAUUCUGGUCGUGACGGGCAUCGCCGAAGGUUGGGAAUGCAGCGCAGAGUGCAACACAGAAAAUGGGUUUUGUGAGAAGCCAGGGAAGUGCAGGUGCAAACCAGGGUGGCAAGGAGACAACUGUGGCCAGUGCCUGCCCUUCCCUGGCUGCCUGCACGGCACAUGUGGGAGGGCGUGGCAGUGCGUCUGUGAUGAGGGCUGGGUGGGUAGCCUGUGUGACCAAGAUACCCGCCUGUGCUCGUCCAGGCCUUGUGCUGGUAACGCCACCUGCAUAGAGACAGGAGAGGGGGGUUACCUGUGCAUCUGUCCCCACGGCUACGCCGGAGAAAAUUGCCACCUGAAGAGAGGAGCUUGCCUCACAAAUGGCUCUCCUUGUCAGAACGGAGGCACAUGCACAGAUGCCAACGAAUCAGCAGUCUCCUCUUCCUGUUUAUGUCCCCCCGGAUUUUCGGGGGACUUUUGUGAGAUCAGUAUUGACAACUGCCAGCCUGACCCCUGCCUCAACGGGGGCAACUGUACAAACCACGGCCUGGCCUUCACGUGUCUCUGUCCGCACGGCUUCACCGGUUUUACUUGUAACGACACUACCAGCCUCUCGCCCUGCGCCGGCCGGCCCUGUGCCAACGGGAGCGCGUGUGUCGGUCAGCCCGAUGGAACCUUCCGGUGUGUUUGCCAGAAAUGGUUUACAGGUCCCACGUGUUCACUGCAGCACAGACCCAAGACCAGGCCGAAGCCCGUCGGCGCCAGGCCCGCGGACCACAAGGCGUUGCCGCUGACCCCGCAGCAUUACUCCCUUCCUGCUCACGCCUUCCACAGGCUCCUCAGGCCGCCCGAGAGAGACCUGCUCAAGAUCACCCUGAAGGAGACUGUCCACACCCCCGGCGUCCUCGUCACCCAGGGUCAGCUCAUCUGCUUCGGCAUACUGGCCCUGCUCACCUGCCUGGUCAUCCUGGGCACCACGGGCAUCGUGUUCUUUGGCCGCUGUGAAACGUGGCUGGCAAACGCCAAGUACAACCAGCUUGUUCGGCAGCAACGGGAACACCUGCUGAGGGAGGCUGACGGCGCUAACCAAGAAGAGCCGGAGCACUCGGUAAACAUCAUUCUGCCGGAGAAGAUUAGACUCACCAGCUUUGGGAGACACUACACCUCCAUUUGAUCAAAUUGUCUCUUGCUCUUCCUCGCUCCCUCUGGAUGGAGUCUAAUAUGAAUGUCUAGAAAUAGCACUGAAGGACACACCGUGACAGCUGUACAGGUGCGUUUAUAAAGCGAGCGAUUCUGGACUACCUUGGACUAUAUUUGAAUGUACAGUCUACUGGACAGACAUGACCCUGGUUUGUAAAUGUACUUUUAACCAAAAAAAACCUACCCAUUACAAAUGUAUGAUAUUACAAAACAUGUUCUGAUUGCGCAGAAAAAGAGGUCACUGUGUUGUAUCCUGAACAACAUAAAAACAAACAAAUGAUGCUUUUACUUCCCCUACUUCAAGCUGAUUUGGCAACAAUAAUGGUGUUAGUAAAGUGAAACGAGUUGGAAGUGCAUCAAUCAGGAUCACGCUUCAUUCAGUAUUUGUAAUUAAACUGAGUAAUGGUACCAAUGAUUUUUCAUUUGUUAACAAAUUAAAUGUCACAUUUCAUAACCAUCCCUUUCCCUGAAAUGAUUGAUCGGUUUGUCAAUCCCCAGAAAAUUAAUUGGCAUUUGCUUAUCAUUUUAGUGAUUUUUCAAGCAAAAAUGUCAAACAGUUGCUGCUACACGAAUCUUUGAUGAUGAACAGAUUGUCUUUUGGUUUUUGGACCAAGAUAAUGGGGUUACACCUACAUUUUGUUAAACUGUUAUUUCUUAGAUGAACAUAUUGUGAAUUUUCCAUCUCAUAAUUGAUGCAGAAAUACAUAUAGUGAGUUUGUACAUGUGCAGUUCAAAUGUGUAAUUAGAUAUUACCACAUUCUACCAAAACAGCUGUACUCUCAAAUGCUGCAGGUCAUAACUCGGUAUGACUGAAUGUGAAGGUAUUACUGUCUGUACCUGGAAGAAAUGACAUUUUCUCUGCCUGCAUGUGUCACUUCAGAUGAUGGUUUUUAUAGGUACAUACGAAGAUGUGCACUCUGUUUAAAGACGUGGGUUUAAAACAUGUGCUGUUUUCACAGAUCCUCGAGAAAUGCCACUUUCUAUCUUCAUCAAAAUCUAUUUGUAUCCCUUCACACUUUCAUCUGUUAAUCAGCCCUUGUUAUAUUUUCCACCACUGAGAAUUUCACAGGUAACGCUCCAUGAAUCUGUGAACAAGAAAAACUAUAUUUAAAUUAAAAACUUGGUUAAACGACUUUCGCCCACAGCUGUCCUGUUAAUGCUUUUUUUUUUUUUUAAAUCAUAAUUAUCUGACAGGGAGGUUAUCUUGUGCUUUUAACACCACAGUUACAUUUUCAGGCUGUCAAAAAAUAAUGAUUUGCAAGUGGCAUUUCUACUGGGGGCAGUGACUGCGACCGCACAGUACACUUCAUUUCAGUCUAUGAUUAUUGUUGUACUUUGGCUAGAUAAUGUUUUGUUGUCUAUUCAUUGUUUGUAAUAAAAUAUGUUUACUGUA